CCAAAGUUCAAAAGCCAACUCUAUCAGUCUGGUUUUUUCUACUUUUUCUGUGAGACUUGCAGUUACAAAAUCUAAAUCAGACAGUAAAAAAUACAAUGUGAACAUUCUCCAACUUUGUUUACUUGCUUAAACCAAAAUUAAAGAAUAGCUUACUUCUCUGUUAUCCACACAAUUAAAAAUCCAUAUAAACCCACAUGGAAUUCCUCAUUUGAACAAAAAUCCACUUCAAACCCACCAUUUUUGCUAAAUUUUUCCUUCAAUUUAUGGCAAUCCAAAUCCCACUGAUAGACACAUCAGAGCAAAACCCACCUGAAGAUGCCAAACUUGAUCACUCCCUCCACAGAUUUGAGACAUUUCUGAGACUCUUUGGCUUCUGCCAAUACUCUUUCUGGAGCUUCAUCCUCUCCUGGCUUGCAUUUCUCCUUGUGGGUGUUGCAGUUCCUAUCAUGCUUGCCGAAAUCAUUGAUUGCGCCGAUUGCGAAAAGUAUGAGAUCAAAAGGAUUGAGCUUGAGAUUCUGGUUUCUGUGUCUCUGGUGGCUGCCAUUUCUUUGGGUUGUGUUUCUCACAACAUCAGAAAGUAUGGAGUGAGGAAGUUCUUGUUUGUGGAUAGGUACCAUGGCCUUAUGCUUCUGUUUCGUGAUGAGUACGUUCAAAGGAUCAACAAAUUCUACCGCUUGCUGGCUGCGUGGGUGUUACCUUGCUUCCUUCUGAAGGCGGCUCGAGAAAUCACUAUUGUUCUCGUUCUUCAUCGCGAUCCAUGGUGGAAAUCUGUUGUCGUACUGCUUGCUGUGCUCGUGUCGUGGACGUAUUCGAGCAUCAUUCUCCUAUUAGGCAGUGCUUUGUUCAACUUGGUUUGCAAUUUGCAUAUGAUUCACUUUGAGAACUAUGGAAAACUUUUAGAAAGGGACUUGGAUGUUUCUGCAUACAUUGACGAACAUAUUCGUCUAACGCAUUACCUAUCGAAGAUCAGCCACAGAUUCCGAAUCUAUCUUUUUCUUCAGCUCUUAGUUGUGACAGCAAGCCAGUUUGUGGCUCUACUGCAGACAACAUCAAACAGCGGGACCAUCAACCUCAUCAAUGGCGGCGAUUUUGUAGUCUCUUCCAUUGUUGAGGUAGGUGGGCUAGUUAUAUGCCUGCAUGCAGCUUCGAAGAUUUCACACAGAGCUCAGGCGCUUGCAUCGGUGACUAGCAGAUGGCAUGCUAUGGUCACUUGCAGCUCCAGCGAUGCGUCUCAACCAGGAACCAAUAAUAGCUCCGGAAACUUGGGAAUCACCAACAGUUCCGGGAACUUGGAGAUUUCUUAUGCUGCUUCACUGCCGAUAAGCUACUCAAAAACUGAUCUGGGGGCAGUUGACUAUGUUCCAACGCCUACAAAUACACAAUUGGCCUCAUACAUGUCCCUCUAUCAGAAAAGACAAUCUUUUGUGACCUACAUGCAGUCCAACCCUAGUGGAAUUACCCUCUAUGGAUGGACGAUUGACCGGGGACUCGUUGCCACCAUCUGCUUCAUUGAGGUCACACUGGCUAUGUUCGUGCUCGGGAAGACGAUAACGUUCUGAUAAUUUCUGCCGUGUUUUCGAGGCCGUCGCACUUCACCUCUAAUGUUACACUUGUGAUGCGUUUUUUACGCAGUUGCAUUUAAAUUUCGCCAUUUUUGGGCAUCUCAGAUUACUACUGCUGCGUUUUAGAGGCAGAAUGCACUUGCAAUUCACUUGCAAAUUUGUAAUAAAACACUUCCCUCCUACAUACAUUCUGUUUCGUCAA